UACGUUAUAUAAAAAUUUGUAUCAUGCUACUAACCAGAAACAUAAUAAGAAGUAGCCUUUUUCGAAUUCUAUCAUAUGAUUCAGUAUUAAAUAUAAACAAAUAUGUAAUACAAGAAUUCGAUGUAAGAUGUCGAAAAAAUAUAGGUUAUCUUGAAUUACAUCCUAAACAGUAUUCAAAUGUAAACAACGAUCUAAAGACGUUAAAUUACACAUUAAUAGCAAAUUUUAGUUCAGACAGUAGUGCAGGAUUUUCAACUACACAAGAAUUAACACCUGUACAAUUUGAGAAAAUUUCUGAUGAAACACUUGAUUCUUUAACUGAAUAUUUCGAUGAACUAAUAGAAAAAGCAGCUCAUUUGUUAGAUGCAGAUGUAUCAUAUGGGGAUGGUGUAUUAACUGUUAAAUUUGGUAAUUCCUUUGGUACUUAUGUCAUAAAUCGACAAACUCCAAAUAAACAAAUUUGGUUAUCUUCUCCAAAGUCUGGUCCAAAACGAUAUGAUUUUAUAAAUGGUAAAUGGAUUUAUAAACAUGAUGGAAAAACAUUACAUGAAUUACUCGAUAAUGAAAUACCAGCAAUUAUAAGAGAUCAAACAAAUUUCAAUAAGUGUUCCUUUAGUGGAAGAGAGAGAGAAGCUGCAAUGAAGAGUCUUUAA